GAAAAGAUCAAUGGGAUCUGCAAGGUCGCGCGCGACGCCGGUUUCAGGCUCGUCUGGAUCGAUUCGUGCUGCAUCGACAAGACGAGAAGUGCCGAGCUCUCGGAGGCGAUCAAUUCCAUGUUCGAAUGGUACAGGCUCUCGGACGCAUGCUACGUCUACCUCUCUGACGUCCCCAACGGCGAUGACCCCAGGGCACCGGAGUCGGCCUUCCGAAGGAGCAGGUGGCACACCCGCUGUUGGACACUGCAGGAGCUCAUCGCGCCCAGGCAUGUAGAGUUUUUGACGCAAACCUGGGGCUUUCUGAGCACGAAGACGGGGCUUGCAACGACGCUGGAAGAGAUCACUGGGGUCGACUUCGAUAUUCUCACCAGUCUUCAAUCAGUGAACUGGGCCAGUGUCGCGCGGAGGAUGUCAUGGGCUGCGUCACGAGAGGCCACGCGCAUUGAGGACACCGCGUACUCGCUGAUGGGAAUCUUUGGCGUCCAUAUGUCUCCCAUCUACGGCGAGGGUUUGAACGCUUUCCUGCGUCUCCAGGAGGAAAUCGUCAGAACCAUUCCCGAUCAAAGCAUCUUUGUUUGGGGU